CCCGUAAGCGAAUCGAUUUUUCCCGGUUGACGUCGCGACGUCGGCGUCCUGCGCCCUGCGGCGUCUCCGUCGCCGAACGUUGUGAGCUUCUCGGGCACGUCCUAGCGAACUGUUAUUAUGAACAACGGCGAUUUAUCCGAACUACCAGGUAAGUCGAGAGGAUCUACGACGAAUGGAUCGUUGUGAUGACGUUUCUGAUCGUAAUUCUGUUGGUGUUGUCGUUGAUACCGUGGCCGGGUCCGUCGGUGUUCAAGAUAUCCUGUCCGAGGGACAGCGCUCGAAUCGUGCGGAAGAUCGUCCAAACGAAAUGGCUGCCGGUGUUGGAGAAGUACAAGGUGGCCCUGCCGUUGGAGUGCCCGUUUCACCCCAAACGCGACAUCUUCGGGCCCCAGCAGGCGGCCAAAACGCAGCACCGCGCCUCCCAAUGGACCUGCGGCGUGUGCGGCAAGUCCUUCUUCGAGGAGAAGUAUCUAGAUAUGCACUUCGACAAUCGGCACAAGGAGUUUAUAAACAUGGCGGAAGAUGCGGUUUGUUUGGCGGAUUAUUGCGAUAUAAUGAGAUGCGAUGUGUUGAAGACGCAGGAUAUGAAGGCGGCGUAUCAGGAGCAGGAGAAUACCGAUAUAGAAAUUUGGCGAGAGGCUUCUUCUUAUAGCAAAGCCGUCGCUACUACUGCUCCUCGACACCUGGUUAAAUACACGUUUAAAAAUGGGAAUUAUCCACACGCGCAAAAAUCGAAAAAGGACCGAUGUCAGAAGAACGAAUCGCACGACAAGAACGGCAACGAAGAGGAUAAAUCUCGCAAUUUUUCGAAAAACGUCUGCCAAAACGACCUGGUGGAUUCCGCUCUACCGGCUCCCGAUAACCGGCAACAACGAAUCGCCGAGAUGCAGAAACUCAAAGCGAACUGCAAGCCGGAAGAAUUGCAAAAAAUCAAAACGAAAUGCGAGGUACUAGUCAGAGAUUGCAUAGGGGGAUUGAUAAUCAAAUUGUCCACUAAAGACUUCAAAGAAAUAGAAGACGAGUUCAACAAAGCGGUAUGUUGGUACCUAAGCUGCGACAGGUACUGGGAAGACUCCCACAUCGACCUAAGAAGCUUCCCGUGGGGCCUCAUCUGCGUGGUUAUAAUGGCAGCAUCUCUGGGAGUAUGCCUUUGUUAUUACGUCAUCUGGGUGCUAUUCGAUACUGAUGACAGCAGUGUUACCAGUACUAGCAUUACCGACAGGUCGACGCCGUCUCCAGCGCACGCCUUAAAAUCACAUGAGAUGUUCACCACGCCGGACGGGCAUCAAAUCUAUUCGGAAGAUUAUUAUCUGGCGUCCGAUAAAGAUAACGAGUACAUUUACGUGACUUAUCCGCCGGAUUUGAAGCGGCGGUUACUCGAAAGCUGUUACAACAGAACUACUCGCUUGUGAGAAUUAGCAACAAAUUUAGUUAGACGAGCUAUUGUUUGGUAUUGUUUCGAUAGAAAACGUGUUCGUUUAAAGCACACGAGGGAUAUAUUGAAUUAUGCCAAAAAAAAAAUCAAUUUUUUACCCGUCAGACAUUCAUUAAUAUUUUAGAUCAUACGAGUUUCUAGUGCUGGCGUCACCGUUAUCGAAUUUACGAGAUCGUAUACCAGUACUGAUUAUAAUUAAUUUAAAAUUGCAUGCACCGAAAUUCGACUAGCUAAAAUAUUACAAUUAUUUUGUAUACUAAAACACAACUCUUAUAUACCUUCUAGUUCAAAAAAUAAAUCAAUUAUACAUAAACGCAUGGCUAGUUUUUGUACUUAUUUAGAUAACAGACAAAAAAAACGAGUAGUUAAUUAAUUCAAUACAACGAUAAUUGUUGAUU